UCCAGAGUGGCCCAUCAGGUCAGACCAUCCUCCCUGAACCAGUUCUUCAAAUACAAUGAGAUUUUCUUUAUUAUUUGCUGCAGUGAUUCAGUGACAAACAUCACCACCAGCCAAGCAACAGAAUGAGGUGGGAUAUGAUUUUCAAAUUAUUAUCCUGUUUAUUUAUACCAAUGCUUGAUUCAUUAACCCUGGUUGUUAACAGGGCACUAGAUGCCAGGUAUCACAGAGUAUUCUUUCUGGGACUGUGAACCACAAAUAAGAAUUUAUACUCCUAUAGAUCCUAGUGCUUUCUUAGGUUGAACUUCAGUUUCUUCUUGGACAAGUCCCAGGCUUGUCUGGAGCAUAGCUCACUGACUUCUCUUGCCCAGAUUCUGACCUCAGCCCCAAUAUGUCCACUGGGUCCGUGAUUCCAAGCCAUAUCUUGGAUUAAACAUUGCUCUCUGACCCUCCCUGCCUUUUCUGGGGCCUGAAGAGGAGAAUAUCUAGGUACAAGUUCUAGAGGGGCAUUCCAAAGUACAGAUGAUGGGAAUGGCCCACUGCCUGACCUAUCAGGAAAUCACCUACCGAGAAUACAAAGCUAAAAGGAGUGGCAGUAAUUGGGUACAUCUCUUCUAAAAUUAAGAUAGGCAACUUGAGAUAUUUAAAGACAUGGAGAAAAAAAUAAAGAUAUGGAGAAGAGAAGGGAGUCCACCCAGAGGUAGCUAAAUGGCAAACACCCACACCAAAUAUGAGAAAGGGAGAGGGGGAAGAAAGAGUGAGAAGUAGAAGUGGAAAAGGGAGAGCAAAAGACUAACACAGGGGGUAGAGUGAGAGUGUAUAGAAAAAGGAGUGGGAGAAAAGAAAAUGAAGAGUAGUUGGCAGAACUUAAGGUUAAAAAGGAAUAUACUAACCAACUAUAAGCAUCUGAAAGUGGAAGGGAUCUGAUAUCCUAACUCAAAGACAAGAUGAAAAGUACAAGAGAGAUUUAAUAUGAACAUAAUGACUUCCUAAAGUUUACAAUAAUGAGAAAAGAACAUGAGUUUCUGAAUUCUCAUUCUCUGAUGAUAGAAAAAGAACAAGACUUAUCCCAGAAGCCAAGGGACAGAUCAAGAUUUUCUGAAGGUCCAUUCCAAAAAGGCUGAAUUUGUGCCCUGCUCAUAGCUUCCCUUGUCUCACAGUGAUGGUUGCAUACUUUCCACCCAAUAGUGCAGAGUCCUAAGUUUCAACCCCAGUAGGAAAACUGUCUCCUAUGAGGAAAGCACACAAUAAAGAGUUCACAAGUAUGCCCCAUCUCCAGCAUGCACAGCAUGGGUGUUUGAUGCAAUAGUGGCAACCACUAGGAGAAGGAGUCUGGAAAGAGGAUGGAUGACUGGUAAUCAUGGCUGUUUCCAGAGGUAUCCAAAUUAUUAUCAGCUAAGGGACAAUGCCAAAGGCUAGAAUGUUAUUGUGUUCUCUGAAACUUCAGUCAUUUAUCAUUUUAAAUAUAUACACUAAGACUAAGCAUUUUUUUCUUCUAGAAAAAUAUGUCUUUAAACAUUUCCCAAGUGCUUCCUAAAUAUGAUCUUCUAUAAGCUAAUAGCCACAGUGUCUUCCUUCAAAUACUCCAUUCUUCAAUUUCUUAAACCAUUCCUCAGUUAGCCUGGGUUCCAAGCCCUACUGAGUUUUGCACCUUUGAAUACAUUUUUGUUAGUGGCUAAUCCUUCAACAUUUGGAGCCCUGUAUAAGAUGCAGUAUUUCACUUGAGGCCUGACCAAACCAGAGUAAAGUAUAACCAUCACUUCCUCAAUUUUUGAUAUUACAAUUCCGUGUAUGCAGCCUAUAGUGACCUUGAUAUCUUCACUGCCCCAUAACAUGGCCACUUACAUAUUUUACUAAAGUUCUAAAAUGUUUACUGCCGCUCGUUAUUCCUUUAUAGCUGGGUUUCUGGGCCCAAGUGAGUACCUUGCAUUCCCCUACAACUAUCUCACCUGUGCUUUUCCUGUCCUCCCUCCUCAAGCAGGCCGCAGAUGGUGGACCUAAGGAAUGGGAGCAUAGUGACAGAGUUUAUCCUCGUGGGCUUCGAGCAGAGCUCCUCUUCCACUCGGGCAUUGCUCUUUGCCCUCUUCCUAGCCCUCUACAGCCUUGCCAUGGCCAUGAAUGGCCUCAUCAUCUUCAUCACCUGGACAGAUCCCAGACUCAACAGCCCCAUGUACUUCUUCCUUGGCCAUCUGUCCUUCCUGGAUGUCUGCUUCAUCACCACCACCAUCCCACAGAUGCUAAUCCACCUGGUGGUCAAGAACCACACUGUCUCCUUUGUCUCUUGCUUGACCCAGAUGUACCUGGUCUUCUGUGUGGGUGUAGCCGAGUGCAUCCUCUUGGCUUUUAUGGCCUAUGACCGUUACGUUGCUAUCUGCCACCCACUCAAUUACGCCCAAAUCAUGAGCCAGCAUGUCUGUGUGAGGCUGGUGAGUACUGCCUGGUUCUUUGGGCUGAUCAAUGGCAUCUUUCUUGAGUAUAUGUCAUUCCGGAAUCCCUUCUGCAGAGACAACCACAUAGAAAACUUCUUCUGUGAGGCCCCC